AUUUGGCGCUUCGCAUGCACUCGACUCGCGACUUGGUGCGUGAUCUUUUGACAGCUUCGGUCGAAUCUGCUUCAAGACUGCGACUUUGGUUUGGCCUCUCGAAUCACGGCCCUCUGUCAAUCUCGCUUUCAGCCCUCACACCAUCGAAAAGCGUUCCGCUAUACUCAAAGAUCUGGACUAUUCCGGUCAUCUGCAGUGUCUGCAUGCCACAAGCUGACGUCGAGUCCUGGGCACUUCAAGACACCCAUCGCAAUUGAUAACUCGGGCGCAGAAUGUGGCUUCCAUGGAGCAGGUCGGGAGAUGGCAAAGUGGAAGGGCCUUCAUCAUCUAUAUCAGCGGUCGCCUCCUCCCCGUCCUCCAGCUCAAGCGCGGCGGAAAGGAGUCAGCACACUCAAGCGGAUAGCUCGAGUGUAGAUGUCAGGCCAUAUGUUCCGCGAUCAGAGCCUGCUUCUUCAAGGCGGUCUAGCGACCGCGAGCCGUAUGAUCAGACCGCAGAUCCCUCCAUCUCGCACUCGGACUCGGACUCGGCCUCGGCAUCUGGCUCGGCAGGUCCUGCGCUAGCUACCAUUCCUACCACUGCUUUUCUCCUCGGUUUCGCAGCUGGCGCAUACAACAACGCUUCCAAAGCCGGACUGGUGUUCAUGGCCGAAAACGCUCAUCGACGUCCAGAUACGGUGCAGGGUUGGUUCUUUUACAACAAAACAAAGAAUUACAAAGUCGUGCUAGCUGCUGGCAAAGGCGGAGCACGGACAGGUCUGAGAUUGGGUCUAUGGACCUUUGCAUUCUUGGCUUUGGAGAAGGGUUGGAGGGAGGUGAGGCUGUGGACUGGAGUAGGAGCAAGUCAACAGACAAUCCGGGCGCAAAAUCCUGCAUCACUGCAGAAGGAGGGCGCCAGAGAAGGAUUGGAUGUUUAUAGAUUCGUCGAUGGCGCUCUCGCUGGAUCAGUGGUCGCUUCCUCGGCUGCUCUUUUCUGUGAGUUGAUCGGGGGUCACCCUCUGGAUCAGAUUUAUCAAGUCAUUCCUCCUCGGGGCAGAGCACGAUGAUUCGAC